UUUCUGAUAAUAACAGACCGGAUGUACACUGAGGGAUAUAUAGAGGACGAUUUUCAUAUGGAAUCUUUUUAUGGAUACUCGAUGACGCUUGUUGGGAUUCUCGCAUUUGUUUUGUUGUUUUACAUAUUAUUCAAACUCUGCACCUCUGACGAAGAUGAAAAAUCACAACAAAAACAACCAAAUGUUUAUCCUUUGACUCCAGUGUUCGCUCAUGAGCUGACCCCUGGGAUUAUAGUUCUACAGAGUGCGGAUGGUGAAUACUUCAGAAUCUUACACGAAUAUAGUUCCAAACAUGACGUGAAUCGGAUUAAUCAAAACGGUAAUGUCAUGACGUCAUCAAGUACAGGAACCUCCCACUCUCGAGUUUUGGAGAAUGCGCAGACUCAAACAAGACCAUCAGCACCAGUGCCAGUUGAUGAUUUGCUCAUGAAUAUUCAUGAGCCUGUAACAAUUCAACCUCCACCAUAUUCAGCUUGGAGAACAGAAAAUUAAUUGUUAUGGAAUCCAUAGGAAUCUUUACUUUUUGGUGUAAAACUUAACACUCGGAAAGUUUUAUCUAUAUACUUCUACCUUUCUGUUUGUAAAAUAUUACUUUAUUUUUCGCCUGCAGAGCAGAGCGACACUUAGGGAUCACUCUAUCUGGCGUCUGUCCGUAUGUCACACGUUAUAUCUCGAGAACUCAAGAACUGGUAUGGAUUUGAUAUUUUGCACAUGUAUUGCUUGGCACUAUGCUUUUUUUUUUAAAUUACCAUGGUUACCAACCUUAUGGCUCUUGACCUAUGACCUACUCUUCAAAAAAGGUUCCUAGUGCCAAUAUACAGCAAAUAUUUUUGACAUUUAAGAGGCAAGUCUAUGAUAUUUAGCAUGUGCACUAUCAUAAAAUGUUAUGAAAAAUACGAGCGUUAUAAUCCACUUUAUUUUGACCUUUGACCUACUUUGCAAAAUAUACCCCGGACAGUUUUUAUUUGUCUUUUUUUAAUUUUGAGAGGCAAGGUUUUUGAUAACAAGCAUUUAUACAUCUUCAUGAACUCACGAUACUGUGCUUUGAAACAAUAAGAUAUUCAGUUACAACACAAACUUAUAUUUAACACUAUAAAAUUACAUCGGGAUCGUAUUCCCCAAUGGAGUGCGUAGACUGACAAUGCAGUAAAGACAGAUUGGAAUCUUGGAGGAUUGUGGGAAACAUUUAUUAAUAAAAUGAUAAAUAAUUGAUUCUAAUAAUUUAAAUUUUUUCAUUUGGGGGUUGGGAAACUACAUUUUCUUUAAUUGACAGAUGCUAUCUCAGUCUUAUACUAUCUGUGGACUUUUUGUACUUUGCAAGCAAAUUCAUGAACUAUAAUGUUACAUUGUAGUAGUUAAUAAAUAGCUGACCACUGUUAGAUCUAUUUACAUCUUUAAUGAAGCUGCAAAGCAGGCGACACAUGCGUUCAACGGAACACUCUAGUUAUCAUUUUUUAUAUAAAAGGAUACGCCUAGUGAUGCUUGCUCACUAUCUUCAGUGUUACCUAAGUAAAAGCAAAAGAAAUGUA